AUGAUACAUUAUUCCGAAAAAUUAAACAGCUAUAACCGUCCUAGCUUACUGUGCUGCGGUCUCACCGGCGGGCUUGAUAGAUACAUCCUUGCUGCGGCGAGCCAUAAGGCAUGUUCGCAUCUGUGGCGUGGCUUUAGGCUCCAGCGCAUGCCGCAACAGCAGCUGAUGCACACGGGGCAAGCCCUCCAACAGCAGCCAGGCAGCAUGGCGCUGGGACCCUCGCAACCCUACCAGGGCCAGUUCCUGAACAUUCAACAGCAGCAGCAGCAGCAGCUAAUAAAGCCGGAGGCGGCACAGGCGAUGCAGCCGACGGACUCUGUACAGACCCAGCAGCAGCUGCAACAACAACAGCCGUCGCCGUACGGCGUCCCAGGCGCUCAGGCAUCGGCGGCACAGCAGGCGCAGACCCAGCACUUCCGCUUGCUGCAGCAACAACAGCAACAACAGCAACAGCAAACGCAAACGCAGCAGCAACGACCUGCAACGAUGAACCCGCAGCCAGUACAGCAGCAGUACGCCGGUGCCGCCACGGGCUUGCCGCAGCAAGCCCAACUCGGCUCGCUCGGCUCGGGGCAACAAUCCAUCAUCCAUCACCCCCAGCCAGUGCAUGCAGCUGCCGCACCUCCUUCCACUGCAGGCGUCUCGAACGCCCAAAACUUCGCAGCGCCCUUCCACUCCAUCAGCCCAGCGGCCGUUGCGGCGGCGUACGGCAGCGGCACGGUUUCGCCGACGGCACCACGACCCGUGGGUCGCCCGCCGUCGGCCCCAGCCAUGGGCUUCACGGAGAACCAGCUGACGGUUUUGAAGGCCCAGAUUAUGGCCUUCAAGGCGCUUAAGAAGGGCUCAGUGGCCCAGGAUCCUACCUGGCCGCGCACGCUGGCGGAUUGCUACCCGCCGCCUUUGCAAAUGAGGAACACGAAAAAGUUGCUGGCAGCACACAACAAGAUCGUUGCUACGGCAGCCAACGAGGCGCCGCCCAAGGGCGCCAAGGAUGUGCACCGCUGGCAGGGCCCGUUGGUCACGUUGGAAAAGCCUCCGGAGGUGGAGGUGCCACCGGCGGUGACGCAAGCGGCCAUCACCGCCGCCGCUACCAAUGCCGUCGCCGCGGCCUUGGCGGCGGGCCAGACGCAGGAGCAAGCUAUAAUAGCUGCAGCGGAGGCAGCGAAGCUGGCGUCAGCGACGGCACAUGCGGUUGCAGCCAGUAGCCAUGAGGCCUCAGCCUCCGUGGUGCAGUGGGAUGCAUCCCGGAUCAUGAUGGUCGAGUACAACAAGAUCUUGGUACGGAAACGGAAGCGGCGGGUGGCGCAGCUUCUGGAGAUGCUGCGAGCGAAGGAUCGGCUCGCGCCGGGCUUUGACGCGGGGCCACGGCCGCCGCCGCCGCCGCCGCCCGUACCCACCUCAGCCGUGGUUGAUGCCGCGGCGGCGGCAGCGGCGGCGGCACCACCGCUGUCGCUGCCGCCGCCACAGCCACGGCCUGCGCGUGGGGCGCUGCAGGUUGAGCUUCGCAGCUUGCGUCUGCUGGACACGCAGGUGAAGCUGCGUGCAGCCAUCGAACGCGAGGUGGAUGAGCUGAAGAACCUUCAGGAGCGGCCGUACAAGAAGUUCGUUCGCGACGCGAGCAUCACCAAGUCCCAACUGUCGUACGCCGCACUGGCGAAGCAGCAGCGCGAGUCGGCAGAUCGCGCCGCGACGUGCCGAUUGCAGUGGCGUAAUGUGAUUCAGGAGAGCGCCUCCGCCAUGGCGGCGCUCCGUUCCGUGCGCAACAAGGGCGUGCUAAAGGUGCAUGAGCGCUGGGGCCGUUCACACAACCGAAAGCUGGAUGACGACCAUGAGCGCCGUAUGGAGGCUCUCAAAGCCAACGAUUUGGAGGCCUACCAGGCGCUGCUGCAACAGGCCGGGGGUGUCACGACGCAGGACAGCAACUUCCAGGAGAUUUCCCGCUUCCUCAGCGAAACCGAGGAGUACCUCAACAAGCUGGCGCACAAGGUGGCCAUGGCCAAAGUCAACCAGCAGACUGAGGUUGUGGUGCGCGAGGCGAUGGAGGAGGCGCGCCGCGCUGGUCACCCGGAGGACGAGGCGCGGCUGCAGGAGCUCGCGCACACGGUGACGGAGGAGAUGGUGGGUCUGCGCUGGAUGGUGUCGCUGUACAACAACAACCUCAACGGCAUCCUGGCCGAUGAAAUGGGGCUGGGCAAGACCGUGCAGGUUAUGGCGCUGAUCGCCUACCUGAUCGAGCGCAAGAACUGCUUCGGACCGCACCUCAUCAUCGUGCCCAACGCCGUCAUGGUCAAUUGGAAGUCGGAGCUGACCAAAUGGCUCCCCGGGGUGCGGUGCGUGUACUACGUCGGAUCGAGGGACGAGCGCGCGCGCAGGUACACGACCGAGGUGUCCCACGGCCGGUUCAACGUGCUGGUGACCACGUACGAGUUCAUCAUGCGCGACCGCUCCAAGCUGUGUAAGAUCGACUGGCGAUACAUCAUCAUCGACGAGGCGCAGCGCCUGAAGGAACGCGAAAGUCAGCUGAGCAGGGAUUUGGACCGCUUCAAGAGCGGCUACCGGCUGCUGCUGACGGGCACGCCGCUCCAGAACGAGCUGCGGGAGCUUUGGAACCUGCUCAACUUGCUGCUGCCGGAGGUCUUUGACGACAAGAAGCAGUUCGCCUCCUGGUUCGGCGACCAGCUGGACAAGUCUGGCGAUGACGACGAAGGGUACGGCACAGGCGGCCUGAGUGCGAGUGAGCUGCUGGCUCGAGAGAAGAAGCUCGUGGUGGUUCACCGGCUGCACCAGAUCUUGCUGCCCUUCAUGUUGCGUCGCCAGGUUGCUGACGUGGAGGGCAAGCUGCCGCCCAAGGCCGCGUGUUACAACUGGAUCAAGGCCAGCAGCACCAUUCGCCUCCAUCCGGACCAUCCACUGCGGCUCAAGAAAAACCAAGACUGGACUCCGCUCACUAACCGCGGCACUGAGCUGCGCAAGGUGUGCAACCACCCGCUCAUUUCCUACCGCAUGGACGAGGCGUGGGGGGGAGGGCCCGAGGUCCUGACUCAGUGCGGCAAGAUGAUGGUUCUGGACCGGCUGCUGGUCAAGUUCUUCUACAGCGGCCACCGGGUGCUGCUGUUCUCCACAAUGACCAAGUUCCUGGACCUCAUGGAGGUGUACCUCAUGUGGCGGCAGCUGCCUAACGGCCGCAGAAUGCUGUUCAGGCGCAUCGAUGGCUCCACGCCGCUGGAGAUUCGCGAGGACGCCAUUCGCGACUUCAACCGACCCGACAGCGACAUCUUCAUCUUUUUGUUGUCCAUCCGAGCGGCUGGACGAGGACUCAACUUGCAGACUUCCGACACGGUCAUCAUCUAUGACCCCGACCCCAACCCUAAGAACGAGGAGCAGGCCAUCGCGCGCUCCCACCGCAUCGGCCAGACGAAGGAGGUUCGGGUGGUUCAUUUUGAGGCAGUGGCGGACGAGGCCGACUACAUGCUACAUGCCAUGGCUCAGAUUACGGGGAGACCUCUGCCGUCAGAGCUACAGCCGCGCCAGCAGCAGCAGCAGCAGCAGGGGGAUGGGACCGGCGGCGCGGACGGAGGCGGCGGAGGUGGCUGCGAGGCGGUGGCAGUGGGUCCUUACGGCGAGCUGCCACCCGCCUCGGAGCGCAAGUACGUGGAGAGCGUCGAGUCUAUGGUUCGCAACAUCAUUCAGAAGAAGAAGAACGACAUGGCCAACGAGAUUAUUGACGCGGGUCGCUUCGAUCAGACCACCAGCAUGGAAGAGCGGAGGGCCAAUUUGGAGGCACUGCUGCAGGACGCUGAGCGGCUCAAGGUGGCUCCCACGGAGGUUCAAACCAACCAACAACUGAAUGAGGCCAUUGCUCGCACGCCCGAGGAACUGGAUUUGUUCAAUCGUCUGGAUGAGGACCCCGCUUUGGGCUGGGUGGAGGCACCGGCGAGUGCCCUCAUGGUCCCCGACUGGCUUCGAUACACUUACGAGCAGAUGGAGGAGGCGAAACGAUUGAACGCCAAGAAGCCCGCGCGCACAGGGAUUCUGGCAGAGCGGAAGGUGCCUGGAGUGCCUGGCCGUGGUCGGGGGCGGGGUCGCGGCCGCAGCGCCGCCGCUACGGUCGCCGCUGGCAGUGGCGGCCGCGGCGGCGCCGUCACGGCGCCUCGUGGCCGCGGCCGUGGCCGUGGCCGGGGUCGUGGCCGCGGGCGCGGCCGCGGCGCCGGCGUCUCCGCCGGCGGUGGCGGUGGUGGCGGUCGGGGUCGCGGUCGGGGCCGGGGCCGCGGCGCGGCCGCGUACGAUGACUUGGAGCUCUUGGACGAUGAGGAGGAGGCGGUCGCGCUGGCGGCGGAGAUGGAGGAGGAGUUGGCGGCGGAUGACGCAGAUGAGGAAGAUGCAGAGAUUGACUUGGCGGUGGAUGAGGACGAAGCGGAUGUGGAGGCGGAGGUUGAGGCAGAAGAGGAUGAAGAGGGGUUGGCGCCCCCGCCGCCGCACGCGACGGCGGAUGCGGCCGCCGCUGGCGGCGUCGGCGGCACCGCCGCUACCGCCACCAAGGAGGUGGGCCUUGCUGGGGACGAAGAGGAGGAGGACAUGGAGGAGGAGCACCUCGAUGAUGCAGACAACAUCGACGACGAGGAGGAGGACGACAUCCUCACAGCAGGCACCGGCACUGACAACAUGAUGCAACAGCCAUCGGCGUCGCAGCGGACAGGAAGCGAAGGCGGAGGCGGAGGCGGGGACGGAGGUCACCGUUAUCGAGUCGCCUUCAGCCUGGAUGACGACAGCUUCGAAUAA